AUGGCGACCCCCCAGUCCACCACCUCAUACCAGGGCGACGCGUCUGCCAGCGAGGGCAAGACGCUCGAGCAGAUCACGUUCCGCUUCUGCUCCGAGUGCUCCAACAUGCUGUACCCCAAGGAGGACGAGGAGGCGCACAAGCUGCAGUUCACCUGCCGCACCUGCCAGUACACCGAGGAGGCCCGGUCGACCUGCGUCUUCCGCAACAUCCUCAACAACUCGGCCGGCGAGACGGCCGGUGUCACCCAGGACGUCGGCGCCGAUCCCACGGUUAGUAGCAGCCAGCCUCACCUCCAGCACGCUUCGUUGUUUUGUACCUUGUGCGGCUCCUUCAUCACCUGCGACACGUGCGGCGAACCGAGCUCGGACUUGACUCUCACGAUGACGACGGCGACGAUUAAGACAACAACACGAAGGGAGGACGCCGAACCGAGUGCCGAUUAUUUUGCUGCGUAUGCCACGAAUGUUGGCUGGACCGAGGAGGACCUGUUUGAGGAAUUUGGAGACGAUGCUUUUUUUGAUUUCGAGAAUGCAUCUCCCACCGACUGCACCGAAACAUCCAGCGAGUUUUCCUCUGAGAGAUGA